GCAGCUCCAUCAGAAAAAAAUGUGUAGCCUCCCGCUCAAGCCAUCAUCGGAAAUGCGCGGACAGACAAGGCGAUAUUCCUCUGCCCUCCAAAGCCCGAACGAAGAGUGACACCCUUCGGUCAUUCGGUACUUUGCUCGAGGGAAGCAUAAGAUAGUCUCGUUUGAAAGAAGGAUUUUGUGGCAUGUGAUACUGGGAGACUGACGCGUGUUCGUGGUUCACGGAUGUUACUACGAAGACGGAUCUCGACAGUUUUUCUGCCUCUGUAGCGUUUUAUGUUAGCAAUGGAUCUAUAUCCCUCUUCGGAGUCUGUUACGCGGAUAGGGAGGGAGUCGUGCCGUUUGUUCCCCGGGUGCUCUAGCUGUUGAUAGCUAGCCUCAAAAGAAAAGAACAAUGAACGGAAUCAAACAGUUGUGUUUUAUGCUUUUAUCCUACUGACAUUUUAAAGACACUCACCGGGAACAUUUUGUAUUUGUUGAACGAACCAUUAUUCGAACAACUAGACAAACAGCUUCCUUGGACAGUGGCCCGUUGAGGCGACACAAUGGGAUUAUCUUUGACCAUUGGCUGAGGACUGUUUUUAAAAGUUCCUUUAUCUCGGAGAAUAUAGUGGUGAGUUUUUGGACAGAACACAUAUUUGAGCAACAAUUGGAUGAAUUGAUCAUCUCGCUGCCUCAAUUCGCGGAGAAGACCAUUGUGAGCACUCGCCGGACAAUCGCAUGUUGUCCAGUCCAGUUGGUCUGGUCUAGAACGGCACCAUCACUGGAACACGACACAAAGAACAACGAUGGCGAAUGACUCGAUACAAAGUGACCCAGGUGGGCUGUCCGUCUUAGAGCAGCUGGGUCUGGACCAGAGCUCGGACUUCUCAGACACCGCGGUGCAGCAGCGUCUUGAUGAGCAGAGGGAGAGGAUCCGCAGGGAGAUCAGGAAGGAGCUGAAGAUCAAGGAGGGGGCUGACAACCUCCGCAGGGCCACCACCGAUAAGAGGAAUGCCUCCCAGGUGGAUUCCCAACUACGCAGCUCCAACCGCAAGCUGGAAGACCUGCAUGCUCAGCUGCAGGAGCUGGACGCUCACAUCAUGGUCAAGGGAGGAGACGACAACAAGGAUGACCCACCCCAGUCCCCGGGGGCGGAGAGCCGCUCGUCAGCAAGCCAGGACCGCAUUGCCGCCCUGGAGAGACAGCUCAACAUCGAGCUCAAGGUCAAACAGGGAGCCGAGAACAUGAUUCCCAUCUACGCCAACGGAUCCACCAAGGACAAGAAGAUGCUGCAGACGGCACAGCAGAUGCUGCAGGACAGCAAGACCAAGAUCGACAUCAUCCGCAUGCAGAUCCGCAAGAACGUGCAGGCCACAGAGCACACCGAGGACACACAGGGUAACCAGGACAUGUGUGGUGUGGAGCUGCGUAUUGAGGAGCUGAGGCACCACUACAGGGUAGAACACGCUGUGGCAGAGGGAGCUAAGAAUGUCCUCCGACUACUGGGGGCCAGCAAGGUCCAGGAUAAGAAGACCCUGUCAGAGGCCCAGUGUCGUCUGAGCGAGGCGUCCCAGCGGUUGGACCUCCUGAGGGACUCUCUGGACCAGCGUCUGGCCGACCUGCCGGAGGACCACCCCAAGGCCUGCCUCAUCAGGGAGGAACUAGUCCUGGCCUCCUCCCCCGCCUUCAGCUCCCGCCACAGUGCCCCCUACCUUCACAACCAGUACAGCACCCUCAGCAAGCCCUCCCCGCUCACUGGUACUCUCCAGGUGCAGCUGCUGGGCUGUGUGGGAGUGUUGGAGGUGGUCCCGGGGCGCAGUAAGGGCACGGCGGUCAUGCUGCCCUGCUACAGCCCCGGGGAGGGACGCUCCUUCAUGAACCGCAGCAGCAAGAGCAACCUGUACGGACGCAGCGGGAGCGUCAGCGGCAAGACUCCCAGCAAGACUGACGAACUCUCCUCGGAGGUGAGUGCGGUGCUGAAGAUGGAUAACUCAGUGGUGGGUCAGACAGCCUGGAAGAGUGUAGGGGAGCAGGCCUGGGAUCAGACCUUCACUGUGGAGCUGGAGAGGUCCAGGGAGAUGGAGAUAGCAGUGUACUGGAGGGACUACCGCUCGCUGUGCGCUCUCAAGUACCUGAAGCUGGAGGACUUCCUGGACAACCAGAAACACAGAGUUCAGCUGGAGCUGGAGCCUCAGGGGCUGCUUCUGGCUGAGGUGAUAUUCUUCAACCCGGUGAUUGAGAGAGUCCCACGCCUUCAGAGACAGAAGAAGGUCUUCUCCAAACAGCACGGCAAGGCUUUCCUGAGAGCUCGUCAGAUGAAUGUUGACAUCGGGACCUGGGUCCGACUCUUGAGGAACGCUAUCCCCACCGUCAACAACACCGGAACCUACAGCCCCAAUGCACACAACCUCAACUCUGGGGAGAUCUCAGUGGAGAAACUAAAUCUGGACAGUGACUCUCCAGUCAGACAUGAUUACAGGAGAGACUCUGAUAAUAACACCCCGGAGCGGUUGCCAGUGAUUGAGCCCUUCUCUCCCCCAGACCUCACCCCUGAUCGCCCUGCCCAAACCCCCCCUCUGAGCAGUGAACAUAAGAAGCUCCUGUGCCUCCAGGACUUCAGGCUGAUCGCUGUGCUGGGCCGGGGACACUUUGGAAAGGUGCUGCUGUCAGAGUAUAAGAAGACAGGAAGUAUAUACGCCAUCAAGGCCCUGAAGAAAGGAGAUAUUGUUGCACGGGACGAGGUGGAGAGUCUGAUGUGUGAGAAGCGUAUCUUUGAGACGGUGAACGUCUCCCACCACCCCUUCCUGGUCAACCUGUUUGCGUGUUUCCAGACCCCGGAACACGUGUGCUUCGUCAUGGAGUACACGGCUGGCGGUGACCUCAUGAUGCACAUUCAUGCUGAUGUCUUCACUGAACCACGGGCUGUGUUCUAUUCAGCCUGUGUGGUUCUGGGGCUGCAGUUUCUCCAUGACCACAAGAUUGUGUACCGAGACCUUAAACUAGACAACUUACUGUUGGAUACAGACGGAUAUGUAAAGAUUGCCGACUUUGGACUCUGUAAGGAAGGGAUGGGCUAUGGGGACAGGACCAGUACGUUCUGUGGUACUCCAGAGUUCCUGGCCCCUGAGGUCCUAACCGACACCUCUUACACCAGAGCAGUGGACUGGUGGGGCCUGGGGGUCCUCAUCUAUGAGAUGCUGGUGGGAGAGUCGCCCUUCCCUGGUGACGAUGAGGAGGAGGUGUUUGACAGCAUCGUGAAUGACGAGGUCCGCUACCCACGAUUCCUCUCCACAGAGGCCAUCGCCAUCAUGAGGAGGCUGUUGAGGAGGAACCCAGAGAGAAGACUAGGCUCGGGUGAGAAAGAUGCUGAUGAGAUAAAGAAACAGCCUUUCUUCCGGGGUCUGGAUUGGGAGGCCCUGUUACAGAGGAAGCUGCCCCCUCCCUUCGUUCCCUCCAUCAAGGGCCGAGAGGACGUCAGCAACUUUGACGAGGAGUUCACCGCCGAGCCUCCCGCCCUGACACCGCCGCGCGAGCCCGGCACGCUCUCCCGCAGGGACCAGGACAGCUUCUGCGACUUCGACUACGUCUCCGACCUCUGCUAGGGGUCGAGAGGUUGUGACCUCUAUCACAUCAUCAUCAUAUGAGGGUCAUGGGGUCACGGCAGUCUGCAAGGGUGAUCUGCAUCCACCACACUGUGAAUGUGAUAUGAGAAACGGAGAAGGGUCGGUCUGUAGUGUAGUCUAUGUCUGUGUGGGAGGUAUGAACUAGAGGAGAUUAAUGCAGACUCAGGCCAAGACUCUGUGACUGUGUUUUUUUUUUUACACUGCAGCAGCAUCUCACACAACUGAGCAGGUGCCCGUCAAGAGGACUGGUGGUUGAUGGGAAAUGAAGUUCUGUUACAAUGAGACUCUGUUUUCCAAAGGAAAAGAAGACAGAAAAAAAGAAACUGUGACGCCCGCUAAGCUUGUGCCACUUCCUCCCUAUCUAGAACACUCCAAUGGCUGUGUCCUUACAAGAACUUGUCAUAACAUGUGUAACUUCUACUACACAGUCAACCCCUUUUAACUUUGCCUUCCAGUUCCAUCCUCCUUUGUGCCAGUGUUGUAGUCUGCUCUGAGAUCUGAGGAUUUCCAUGUAACGUUCAGGGUUGGGAUCCAUACCAUUUCAAUUCAGGAAGUCAAUUGGAAUUUCAGUUUAUUUCCUGAAUUGAAUUGAAUUGGAUUGAAAUGGAAUGGACUCCAACCCUGGUUCCUUCAUACUGUGACAAAACACAAAUAAUAUUUGGGAGAGGGUUUGGUGGGGUGGGUGCAUGGCUUGAAAUGAUGCCUUAAAUUUCUACUGGGAUCUAUAGAAAUGCAUUUAAUUUUGUUAUGUUGUGGUCCUUGGUAACUAACUGUGGUCCUUGGUAUGCAAUGAGGGUGAUAAUGUUUUACAUUAAUGCUAAGAGGAGACAAGGAAGUACCUCCAUCUGCCUAUCAAAAUGAUUGCUUGGAAGAAGUUGAAUCAACAGUGUGUAGAAUCAUCUAUAUAUAUAUGUAUGCAUUGUUACAACGUUGUGAACAAUCACCCAUCAACAGAAGGGGUAAAGAACCACUGCUUGGAGGAACGGUCAAUUGUGAUCCAACCAGAUCACUAGUCCAUUCACAAUGGGCAAUUGUUGCCCUUUUAACAUUCUUUCAAAUGUUCUGAUUUGAGUUAUUAUGGGGGGGGGGGGUCAACGACGACAGUGCUUUUGGUUCUGUUUUUGGUUGAUAAUGAGGUCGUUGAGAAAAGCAACAGAGAGGGUUAUUGAAUUUAUCCUGUUGCCUUUUAAUUGGUCCAGUCUGUGAAUUUUAUAUACGGGUGUGUCAUGUGGCAGUCUACACCUGUGCCAUUUGGUCAUAUCUGAACACAUAAAAGAAAGGUUGAAGGAUGCAUGUCUCGUUCCAAACAUGGUAAUAUUCACCCAAACGAACACACACUGAGAGACUUUAAUGCUCAAGACACUCAAAUUCAAUCAGUGGCAUGAAGCGGAAACGCAUCCAAGCAAUGAAUCAGGCUCAGGCUUCUCCAGGUUGAAGUGACCAUUAAGAACAGGUCUAGGAUCAGUUUAUUCCAACCUCCAACCACUAGGAAAAGAACUGACCUUAGAUCAGAACUUAGAGGCAGCUUCAUCCUCCAACUACAGUACAUGCUCGUCUGCAGGAGUCAAUAGAAAACAAACUUUACCUCCCUUGUCUCUGUGUAUGGGGUGGGUUGUGAAUCAUGUUUGUCUGGCUGCAGACUACUUAUCUUGUGUACGACUAUACAAAAGGAAGUGAAAGUAUGAGAUUAGUUAUUUAUAAAGAAAAUCUGUUGGGAA